CUCUUAUUCACCUCAAAUCCCUACGUAUUCCAGCCGCCCUGAAAGCCUAGCUGUCGCUAUAUAGAGUUAUUAAGUACCUAGGAAGAUGGACUCAGGACUUUGCUCUGUGAAUCAAAUUUGAUUGUUCACUCUUUAAGGUCAAGAACAGACUUUUUAGCUAAAGUUUUUCCAAACUUAUUUAAAGUUUUUCAAGCAUUGUUGCUAUUGUUUGAAUCGCGCGCAUAUUUACCUCUGUUGAUCCUUAAGUUUAUUGGACGAACAAAAUAUGUGCCUAAAAGUUUCUAAAGACUUCCCUCAUUUAUAUGUGGGAUUUCAUAUGACCCUGAAAUUAUUAUUAUUAUUUUUGCUAUAUUGCCCCGAUUCGGGCCUUAAAUUAAACUUAGUACCAGAAAAAACCCCAAAGAUUUUGCCGUUUAUAAAUGAGUUAGAAAACAGUCAUUCAUCCAAAUCAAUUAUGACACGUUACCCUUGAGCAAUUUCUAAAGGACUACAAGUCAAACUAACUCCUUUGAGAGUAUGGGAAGUUUGCAUGUUGAGCAGCCUAUUAUUCCGGUCAAUUUGUCUCAGCAGGCAAUUAACUGAUAUCUGCAGAUCGGAAUAUUCCAGCUCAGGUCAAGUCUGGUUGAGGUAUCGCUGUCAAUACCUCGCCAUGUAUUUCAUCUUGUUAUAUCAUAGAACUGAUAGCCUAAUCUUACAAAUCAUGCGCUUACAAGACGCGAAACCUAAAGGUACAGGAGAUGCAUUGGAGUAUAGUCAGCGAAAGGUUUUUUUCUCACUAACAUAAGGAAGAGUUCUAUAAUUUUUUUUUUAUUAAUUAAGACUAAUAUCUGGUCACUAACCAACAAUGUACAUAUCUUUUAUGGCGUAUGUGCUGAUGCCAGGAAUCGAGUAUAACUAGUCAUCCUGAUGUGCUUUUUACCUAUUACAGAGACCCUUGAUGUUAGUGAAUUUAUCAUUUAAUAUAAUUUUUAUAUCGUUAUUAUUAAUUUUGGACAAAAUUUUGAUAUCGACCCAUGUAUUGUGCAACAUGCAGACGUCAUCCAUGUGACUCCAUGUGAUAACAUUCAAUCUCUUAUUGUUCAGGCAGUUUUUUUUUCUCGUUAGUAUGACAAAUCUCGGCGCUAUGUCAAAAUUUUUAUGCACACCAAGUUCUACAAACAAGCAACUAACCACAAACAAACGAACAAUUAAAUGUAAUCCAUUCUUUAUGGCCUAAAGACCCAAGUAAUUUGAAGCAUGUUUGCUUUUUACGAGCUUUUCUAAAUAAGGUGAACUAAAGGGGUUGAAUUAAAAAUCGAUUAAUGGGUUAUGAUGACGGGGAUUUUUUGAUGUUUGCAGCGCAAAAGCGGAGCUCAGAGAAUUAAAUAUAUUUCGAUGGAUUUGGUCACGCAACACAAUGUGGAGGUCACGUGCACUUGGUACGUCCACCGUGACAGACCACUUCCCUUGUUUCUUUUUUAAAUAAUAAUAAUAAUACCUCGGUAGUAGCAAAUGUUGUUGGUAGCCUAAUAAUUGAGUUAGCCCGGUUUUGAAAAUCUUCUUAUUGAAAAAUGCUAAAAUCAAGCUCUUAAUUAAGGUUGAAUUUUUGACGACACCAAAACAAAUCCAGGACUUCAAAGUUGCUUCGUUCCUUGAUGUCUAUUAUAAAGCUGUUGCAAUAGCAAUCUGGACAACCUAAACGAAAAAAAAAAAAAAAACAAUGAUUGGUCAUUUUACAAAUGCGACACUUUCUUUAGAUCAUUCAAUAGUAUCAGUAUGGCGGAUCGGAGCAUGUGCUAAGCACGUGAAGGUGCUUUUGGAGGAGAAAAAUAUUUAGUGAGUAUUCUUUUGCCUGAUGAUUUUAGUCUAUUCCAUGAUGAGUCGUUGUCAUUUUCAUAGAAAAACGUGUAACUACGAUACUACUUUUUAUAGGAGUAUUUUUUUAGGCGGUCGUGUUUUUGUUUGUUCCUAAGAAAUAAGUGCACUAGAAUACGUUUGGGUCCUCAGUCAAAAAGACUAGGCAGAACACACUUAAUUAAUACUCGCGAAAGUGAACAAGCAAAAACACUUUUCUACUUUUCAUCACCCUCUCGCCGGAACUCCACGAUUAAGUGAAAUCUUUGCCUGACAUGAAUUCAAACGUUUUAUUUCGUAUUCGUGUGUGCAUGAAAUGUGUGUUCAGUUUGUCUCUUUUUUUUUGAAACCCAAGAAUAAGACCAUCAUAAGCAAGAUAAUAAAAAUUGAGCAUGAAGUGCGUGACGUUUAUUUUGCGUGACAAGCGUGACUUCGUCAUUCCAACAUGAUUGACAGCUUUUGGCCCUUGCCUCUUGCGGCAAGUCUUCCUAGUGCCCAGGCAUAGUGGCCGCGCUCAGCAUCCCAGAGCGCGCUGACCGCUCCGCUUGAGCUAUUUCUUCGGGCAAAAACAAAAUGAACAGUACACGGACAGGUUAGAAGAACACUAUCGAAACAAGAGUGACAGCGCUCCGCCGACUAUCACCGCACUCAUGGACAAUGGCACUAACAGAUAGGACGAAUAGACCGCCAAAGGAACACCGAAAAAUGUUACAGCGUCUUCUCGUGAGAAAAAACAAAUCCAAGGCCCCGAUACGAGAACUCGAGGCACUUGAGGCGUGCUACUGGCUCCGAGCCGCAGGCUUCCCGCAGUACGCUCAGCUCUACGAAGAUGGAGGGUUUCCCAUUGACACAGGUGCUGUUAUCAAGGAGCACGACUUCUUGGACGAGGACUCCAUUCCGUCGCUGUACAGGCGACUUCAAACUCUUAAUCGAUGUUCUAAGAUGAAUCUUCAUAUAAAACAUAGCGAAGGCUACGACUCGGAUGAAGAAGACUUGAUAACACUUAGCUCAAGAUGGAAGCUCCAGAACAAAAACAGAAAAUGGGCGCGAAGAAAGCGUCGCUCGUCCAACAUGAGCAAUAGUGAGACAUCUACGAACUCUUCUUCCAAUAACAACUCUAAUAGAUCCAUAUUGAACUCGGGCUCUUCAAAGAGCGUGAUCAGUGAUCGAGGUAUAAACUCUACUGUCCGACAAUUGUCGCUGCAGGCGGUGGACAAUGGCCCGGACACCUUAUCUCCUUUGGACUUAUCAAUAAGAGAAGAAGGACGAUCGAGUAUGUACGACAAUAUAGCCACAGGGCUUUCGCUCAGUACGCCUUCGAUAUCACAAAUCAAGGACAUAGAGCAGGAGUAUAGCAGCAGUCAAAAGUCGAAUCUAGCGAACAGUGAUCUGGGACUUGAAUCGUAUAGCGGAGCAUCCUCGGGUGACGAGUUAUCGGACGUCGACAGGUUUGAGGACGAGGACGUCCCUGGGGAGCUUGUUGACUUGAAGACUUCUCCACGUGUCAGGGGAGAUCUCUCCCCACAACCCAGGACUAGAAGACUAAAAACGAGGUGGCAUAGCUUCGAGAAGUCAGUGAGACCUUUCAAGCCCGUCCAAUCUACAAAGAUAUGUAACCUCUCCGUUGGCCAACUAGCCGUACUACGGAAAUACUCCUUGUUGAAGUUGACUGCGCUGAUGGAACGACACACCCACUCGCACAGGGGCAUGUGGAACUGGUCGUUUCCGAGAUUUCUCAAGAAAUUCAAGACACCUGACUAUCGAGAUAAGAAAGUGUUUGGUGUACCGAUGUCUGUGGUUCUACAGCGUUCGGGACAGCCACUCCCACGACCCAUACUAUGCGCUAUCAACUACCUCCAACGAACGUGCGUCGAGUCCGUAGGCAUUUUCAGAAAGUCAGGUGGCAAACAGAGAAUUAAUAAUUUAAAAGAUAUGAUGGAAGAUAACCCAGAGCACACAGACUUCGAGGGAAUGUCGCCGUACGAUCUUGCCGAUAUGCUCAAGCAAUACUUCAGAGAUCUACCCGAUCCCAUCCUGACAUCCAAACUAGCAGAGACAUUUAUCACAAUACAUACAUAUAUCCCCGCAGAGCUAAGAGUCGAGGCAAUGCAGGCGGCCAUCUUACUCAUGCCAGACGAGAAUAGAGAAGCUCUUCAGACUUUGCUUCUUUUCCUCAACGAGGUGGCAGAGAACUCAGCAGUCAAUCAGAUGAAUGAGAAGAACCUCGGCGUAUGUUUCGCGCCGUCGCUUUUCCAUCUGUGCGGGACCAAGGAGGACCCGUCAGCUCCAAAGCGCCAGAAGAGAACACCCAUGAUAAAAGCCUCCAAAGAACUGACAGACAACCUGGCCGCACACGAGUGCCUAACCCAAAUGAUCGCCCAGGUCGACAAGCUUUUCCUGGUGCCCGAAGAUACUAUGAUGAAAAGUAGAUUCUCGUACAUAGAGCAGAGCGAACCAGUGACGCUCGAGCAGCUAGGACGAAGCAAAUCCAACCCACUUGACGACUACAGAACGUACAUCGAGUCCUGUAUUAACGGGAUUUUAAAGGAAGCUCGAGAGAAGUUCAAGGGAUGGGUUAACCACUCGUGGCACGAGAGUUCUGUUGAAGUAUCCUACAAGAAGGUCCGUGACGGCUGUCCUUUGCGUUUGUGGCGAGGUGUUAUCGAGAUUGACGCAUCACCUGAGGACGUGCUCAAGCGUAUUGUGGACGAGAGGCACCUGUGGGACGAGGAGCUGGAAGCUUGGGACGUCCUGGAGAAGAUCGAUGAAGAUAUGGACGUCUUCUACUACGUAACCCGAUCCAUGAUCCUGCAACCCAAACGCAUCCACGUCGUGCUAAGAGCAAGGAGGACCAACCUCGCUCAUGGCGCAUGCGCGCUAGUGUGCACGUCCAUCAGUCACCCGAGCGCGCCCAUGACCCCAGGGGUGCAGGCCACGCUACUGGCUCAGCGGUAUCUUAUUGAACCCCUCGAGGCGGGCCGGUCACGACUCACGCAUAUCACGAGACUGGACCAAAAGGGAAGGGCGUCUGUGUAUUACAACAAGGUUGGACCGUUCAUGGCAGCAUCAAUAUCGAAAGUAAAGGACUCUUUCCCUGUAGGAUCCGAAGGUCCAGAAACCAAUGUCUAGCUGCAGUUCACUAAAUCCAACCUUCUCGGAUUUUAGCCAAUCGAUUAGUGAUGCGCUAAAUAUACAAGAGCAAGACGAUUGGGUUAUAUCGAGCCAAUCUGAAGGCGCUUUACUCAUGAACAACCAACUGGGGAUGAGCUGAGUAUGCGCGGAGCCUGGAACUCUUUGAUAUAUGGCUGCUCUAUGAUGGAAGAAACUAAAGAGAACUGGGUUUGACGGUUGAGACUAUUUGUGAUUGUGUUUACUUCGGGUGAUGUUACGGGUAAUGUUGGACUUGGGUAACGUUUACACCGUAAAUACAACAACAAAUAAAUGCAAGAAUAUGAGGCUAAGAAGUCUAUUCAAUUACGAGACACUAAAUGGAAGGAAAAAUUAUUAUUUCACAUGGCCAUUAAUAGGAUUAUUUGGUCAAAUAUUUCAUUGAUUCGCGGCAUUUGCUCGAUGCCUUCGCCAGACAUUCUUUUACAAUAUAAAUACAAAAUGAUGGAAAAGCCAACUUUAUUAUAUUUUAUACCAAGCACUGUAGUAUACCUUUGUUAUAAAUCUAUUUACGUUACCAUGCCAACAACAGUAGGGAUCGCGCGAAAUGGAAGGUUGGCGUGGCGCUAAAGCUCGUCCAAAGAAAAUAAUUUAUAAUCACACAAAAACGCUAUCUUCAUACAUCAACGGACAUUAAAGACAGUUUAAAUAACA